ACUUGUGCCGGCGCUUGAACCCGGCCAAUGUCUGCCGAGUUCAUCAGCCAGCUGCGUCGAUAUGCACAGGAUGCGGUGCAUUCCGUGAGGGCUGAGCUGGUGGAAAGUUUGGCGCAACAUACCGGGAACUUUGCCAAUGGACCACUGGUAUUAGAUGUGGCCUUACCAGGGGCUGCCUAUUUUUCGGUGGCAGCUGGUGGCCUUGCGGAUGUCUUGCAUUUCAUGGGAGACCAUGUACAUGUGGAUCGAUUUAUAGGAGCCAGUGGUGGGGCUUGUAGUCUCUUUCUGAUCCUGGCAAAUGAGAGAUCUCAGAGAUCUAUGUCUGGUACAGGGCCUUGCCCUGAUGCAGAAGAGCUCCUUCGCUCGUAUCUGAUGUAUGGAGAAUCAGAGGGUACAGGCAACUGGCAAAGAUCGUGGAAUGCAUGUCGACAAGUGUUCAGCGGAGUGUCGAACUUUUGGGAGAAGAGAUACGAAGAACUUCUGCAAGAUGAAAGGGCAUGGACUGCAGUUCGGCAUCGUGCCUUUUGUGCUGUUUCAGCACGGCCCAUCCGGCAGAACCUGUUUGGCGCUCCAAGCGAGUCGGAGAGUCUCUUCCAUUGCAAGACGGACAACUACAUCAUGCAUUCCUUUUCGAACCGCCAUGAGGCCGUUCAGUCUUUUGUGGCCACCGGUGAAGCUACCAUCAAGGGAUUUGCAAGUGGCAUUCCCAUCACAGCUGAAGCGACCUGGGAUCCCAUCAAUCAGGAUGACGGGACCAGUGUGCCGGUGGCUUCAACAGCCCGCCAGCGGGUGAAGCUACCAUCCAGCUUCUGCGAUGGGGGCCAUCCAGUUGCCUUUGACUCCUUUCUUUGCCCAGAAAAUGCCGCGGAGCGGCAGCGGAACUUCCUACUUUACUAUGCCACCUGGUUCGAGAAUGCCUCAGAUUGCCUCCUCUGUAGCCCUGAGAGCAUUGAACGACUCUACAAGCGUGGAGUGGAUCGCACCAUUUCUUGCUUGCUCAGCCCAUCCUUCAUGUCCCCAGCUGCCUUGAGUUCUGAUCCACAGAAGGACGGUAUGAGAGUGAUGUAGGAAGUCACUAGAGCCCUUUGAUUUUGCAUUUUCAGUAAGGACUCUUGACUCGAAUUUCCAAGUUGAAUGCCCACUGGAAUUAGUUUUUAGGACCCUAUUCCGUGUCGUGGCUGGAGGACCGGAUGAUCAUCAUCGCCUCAGAUUCAAAUCUGGAGGAGGAGUUGGGAAAGGUAGGAAAGUCUGGUGUUCUCACAGGUGGAACCUUUGUGGAUCUCACACGCAAGGAGCUACGGCAACAGGCCAAGCUCAAUGGUGCGCAGUGUGGUGCCAAGUUUGCAAGCAACGAAGCGCUAAAAUCGGUGUCUUAUCCCAUCCAGGCUUUGGCCAAGUCUUCCAAGACUUUGCCGGCAAUGCUGGGAUGUCUGUGGAGUGGGAAAGCCAUUACCCGCUUGCAGUGGGCUGCUGCAUUUGGCAUUACGCUGGGAACAGCUGGCUUCUCCAUGGGAGGCAAAAAAGGAAGCGACAUCGAGGCAAAACCCCUCGGCGUGCUUCUCUUGAUUGUCUCGUUGCUAUGCGAUGGUACAGUGUCGGCAGCGCAGCAAGGGAUGCGUAAUCAGAAGGAGAAACUCUCCCCGUAUGAACAAAUGUUUAUGACGAAUGUGGGAGCAGCAAUGAUUCUCCUUCCAGUGGCCUUUGUCUCUGGUCAGCUGCAAGCAGGAAUCGGCUUCCUGAUGGAAAACAUCACAAUUUUAGAUGAGAUUGCCAUCUUCGCACUUUGCUCAGCCUUUGGGCAGGUCUUCAUUUUCCUGACGAUCGCGUGGUUUGGCCCAGACACCAACGCAAAGAUCACCACGGUUCGAAAAAUGGCAACUGUACUUAUUUCGAUCGUCUGGUUUGGUCAUACCAUUGGUACCACCCAGUGGGCCUUCGUUGGCGUUGUCUUUGCAUCUGUCUUUGCAGAGAUCAGCGAAAAGCUGUCGCGCGCCAGCAAUUGGAAGACUGACGAACCUGCCAGCACAGAUGAGCUGUUGCAGUUGUCGCAAUCUGGACCGUCUCCAUGGCAUUCCAUGAUGCCAAGGCUAACGAACGGCAAGAAGGAGAAUGGCAAGAAGUCCCGAGUCUCUCAGAUCGGAGAAGAGCAGAGGAGACCUGUUUUGCCUGUUUUGCCUGUCCACAUGAGCAGCAAUUUUCUUGCUACCAGUGCCUGUGCUCCAAGCCUGCCUGCACGACCAGUGGGCACCCCACAGAAACGACACUUAGCAGCACGAGGUCAUGCUGCGCAAAGAGCACCAGUGGUCGUGCUGGGUGGUGGUGCAGCUGGAAUGAUGGCUGCCAUGACUGCAGGGCGGCGGGGUCGUCCCGUGACUCUCUUGGAGAAGAACAGUGAGUUGGGGAAGAAGAUCAGGAUCAGUGGUGGGGGUCGCUGCAACUUCACCAACAUCUCGGAGAAACUUGACAGAGCCUACCAUUCCUCACCGGUGAUUGAUGAGGAUUUUGCACAGUCCGAUGGCAGCUUCUUCCAGAAGGCCUUUCGUCGAUAUCCUCCGGAAAAGUUCAUUGCCUUGGUGGAGUCCCACGGCAUCAAGUACCAUGAAAAGAAGCUGGGACAACUCUUCUGCAACAAAUCCGCGCGGCAGAUUGUGGACAUGCUUCAGCAGGAGUGUUUGGCUGCAUCAGUGGAACUGUGCACUGAAGCUGAGUGUUUGACGGUGGCUGCAGUGGAUGGUCCUCGUGCUGCUCGCUAUCGGAUUGAAUAUUUGAAGGAUGACAAGAAGAAAGAGAUCUAUGCUGAGGCUGUGCUGGUGGCUUCUGGUGGAUUGAGCUAUGCCAGAAGUUGUGGUGCUACUGACCUGGCUCAUCGCAUUGCUGACUCCUUCAACCUCAAGGUGACAGGCGUAAGACCAGGACUUGUACCACUCUUGCUUCCCUCCGACGCAUGGACCAGGAGCCUCACAGGUGUUUCUCUGGAGGUAGCUGCCUGCAUGGGAAGCACCGUCUUUGUGGAGCGCAUCCUGUUCACACACAAGGGCAUCAGUGGUCCAGCGGUGCUUCAGGCUUCAUCCUACUGGGAACACCAUGCCGAUGCCCACAAACCAUUGGUCUUGGAUGUGCUGCCUUACCUGAAAGAGGAGGAAGUGUUGGAGUGGCUCCAGCGGCGUGCAGAGAGCUGUCGGAAACGUCAGAGUCGCCGUCCCAUGCCGGCCAGUGAGGAACUCGCCCGGAAGCUGCCUCGACGCUUUGCCGACGGCUUCUGGAAGAACGAGGCCAGCAAACACCUUGGAGUGCGCCCCAGAUCUGGCCUGGAGGACUUGGAGUCUUCGGCCUUGCAGCGAUUGGCAUCGCUUCUGAAGCGCUGGGAGGUGAAAGUCAUCGGUACCGAGGGAUACCCGAAGGCUGAAGUCACAUGUGGUGGAGUCAGUACGGAGGAGCUUUCCGACGAGACCAUGGAGUGCAAAAGGCAACCAGGACUCUUCUUCAUUGGAGAGGCGGUUGACGUCACAGGAUGGCUGGGAGGUUACAAUUUCCAAUGGGCCUGGGCCUCCGGCUUUGCUGCCGGCGCCGUGUGCUGA